GUUUGCUUUGACUGCUCAGUUAAAAACCCCAGUUGGGCCAGCAUCACCUAUGGUGUAUUCCUAUGUAUAGAUUGCUCUGGGACACACAGGUCUCUUGGGGUGCACCUGUCUUUCAUCAGGUCCACCGAGCUGGAUUUUAACUGGUCGUGGUAUCAGCUGAGAUGUAUGCAAGUGGGAGGCAACGCCAGCGCGGUUGCAUUUUUCAGUCAACAUGGGUGCACAACCAGUGCUGCCAAUGCCAAGUACAACAGCCGAGCUGCUCAGCUGUACAGGGAGAAGAUAAAGACUUUAGCCACGCAAGCCACCAGAAGCCAUGGCACUGAGUUGUGGCUCGACAGUCAGGCUCCUCUCUCCCCAACGUCCCCCGAAGACAAGCAGGUGGAUUUCUUCAGUCUGCAUACACAGGCUCUUACUGAAAAUAUGAAAAUGGACAAAAUGAGUCUCAGCUCUUUCCCAUCAGAGAAGACUUCAACUGAGGAAACAGAGGAAGACAAAAAUGGUAAUCUAGAUGAGGGUCCUAGUGUGGAGAUGCUGAGCGUUUCUCCAAAAGCAAAUCCAGAGCCUUCCUCUCUUUUUAAGAAGAAGCCAGUUGCUGCCAAGAAAACACUGGGCUCUAAGAAGGGCGGCCUCGGUGCUCAGAAGGUUAGCAGUAAGAGUUUCUCAGAGCUGGAGAGGAAGGCUCAAGCUGCCGACAAGCUCAGAGAGAGAGACGAGGGCACGAGUGCUGGAAAGAAGAAUACUCAACAGGAGGAAUCCAUCGCUCCAUCCCUGCGACUGGCCUGUAAAGAGCUUGAGCAGCAUAGGAAAAUGGAUGAGCAGAAAAUGAAGGGAUUAGAGGGGAAUAAGAAAGAGCAAGCUGAUAGACUGGGCAUGGGUCUAGGCUUCAGGAGUGGAGUGUCUCACUCUGUGACAUCGGACAUGCACAUGAUCCAGCAGGAGAAUCCACGUGGGACCAAGACCACCAAAGGACAACGGUUCACUGAGGACGACGACGAUGAGGGGUCCUUCGGCUCUAGGAACUCCUCCCGGUUUGAGGAUCAAAUAGAAACCUCAGAUAUUUUCUCCUCUCGGUGGGACGAUAAAGGUGACGGAGGGGGCUGGAUGAAGGAGAGCAAGAAGCCAGAGCCGGACUUCUACUUGACCUCCAAUAUAUCAUCACUGGAUGACAGGCCCACAUCCAGAAGAAAACCAGAACCAGUGUCAGACACGGGAGAAGCUCGGGUAAAGUUUGGAGACGUGAAAGCAAUCUCUUCUGACAUGUACUUUGGAAAACAGGACAACUCUGAGUACGAGGCCAGAACACAACUGGAAAGAUUUGCUGGGAGCGCUUCCAUAAGUUCAGCAGACCUUUUUGAUGAUCCAAAGAAACAGACUGUGAGUUCCUACCGUCUGUCCAACGUGCUACCUAGUGCUCCCGACAUGUCACAGCUCAAACUGGGAGUGCGCUCAGUCGCGGGGAGGCUCUCCGUCAUGGCCAGCGGCGUAGUUAACUCAAUUCAGGAUCACUACAGUUCCUGAGUCACGGUGCGCUUCCUUUUGGAUUCAGCGGCCUUAUAGUCGUCCUCUGUGUAAUGGAGUCAGAUAAGUUUCCCAGUGAGUGGAGGUCACUCAUCUGGGGUGUGAAAGAAGGAGAAAGAUUGAUCCGUGCUCUGUGACAGCAUCAUAAUUUGCCCCCAAAUAACCCUGUAUACAUCUAUAUCUAGUUUUUUAUUAGAUCCUGUAUAUACAGCAGUCGUUAGAAAUCAAGGUGACCGAAGCACAAUAUUUUAGUGGAAUUAUGUUCCUCUGCAGGCAUCUUGAAGGGAGAUCUACAAGUAUAGUUCAGAUAUGAAGAAGAUUUAGUUUGCAGUUUAAUACUUUUUUGCUUUGCGAUGUUGGGGUUUAUAUAUUUUGGAAGGUUGCUGUUUUUUUUGUGAAGGAGGGAUUUGCUUUUUGAUUCCUUUAGUUGAUGAGAAAAAAAAAAUGUAAGCAGAGGAGGUCAAUUCAGUUUUUAAUUGGUUAACAUACUUUCACUCAUCAUAUGCACUCUGUAGUGUCAUAUUGUGCUUUUUUUUUGCACAUUCCCACAGGUUUAAAAGUGUCCUUUCUGUCCCCAAGUGCACUUAAUGUUUGCUUUUCCACACAUAGGACCAAAACCUGAUAAAGAGGCCUUGGGGAACCAGAUAUAUAUUUCUUUAUUGUGCUUAUUAUCUGUUAUAUAAAUUGGAAUAGGCCUCUUUAGCACAUAAGCUUCAUUAUAUUGAAGACAGUUGUUUUUCUAAUUUUUUUGGGUCUUGCAUUUGUAGUCAAAAAAUGACAAGAUGGCAUAAAAGCCGAAGCAGUUAUUACAAAGCAAGUUCAAAGGACACAUUUUGAGAAGAUGGAUACCACUCUCAUGUGCCCUUUCAGUACAAAGCUGUAGCCGGC